CUCUUUUUAAGGCUUUCCAGUAGCAGAGGUUCUCUCACUCUCUCUGAACCAUGCAUCUGUCCUGGAUUCUGCUGCUGACCUCAGUGUGUAUGGUGUGUGGUGAGAUUGUGCCUCGCAUUUUGUGGCAGGUCAGCGAAAUGAUUGUUUGCACACAGCCAAAUGUGAAUCCGUUCAUUUACAGCAAUUACGGCUGUUACUGUGGAUUUUCUGGAUCUGGCUCUCCUAAAGAUCCAACUGAUCAAUGCUGUGCAAUGUAUAAUAUGUGCUACGAGAAUGCUAGGCAACUUCUAGCAUGUUCUGCUUACAAGAAACAGUUGAAUAUCAAAACAUACUUCUUUAGCUGCUCUGCUAAAAUCAUCACCUGUUCAGGUAACAAUGAUAAAUGCCAGUCUGCAGUGUGUAAGUGUGACCGAGGUGUUGCAAACUGCUUCGCUCAGUAUCAACACACUUUCAGCUACGAGUACUAUUACCUUCCAAAAGAAAUGUGCAAGAAAUAAGAGAUGCCUGACCUGGAGACUAAACACCACAUUGACUCAAUCUCCAUCAACUAAACACCUUGCUCACUCUGUCUCAACCAAGUAAACACCAAACUCCAUCAACUAAACACAUGCACUUCAUUUUCUUUAAAUAAACAACAUACUGACAACAUUACCUCCAACCCCACCCAGACUUCUCCAUCAU